UCACUCAUUGGUAUAACAGUCCAGGUCGGCCAGCUGACCCACUUGUCAAACCACCUCAACACCAACGCACUGCAUGUGUCACCCACUUCCAUGUCAAGCACAGAGAGGACGUAGCUGAGGAGUGAAACGGUUCUACAUUUUGGAUUAACCGUUUUCUUAACCAAGGAUACAGACUGAGACAGACAGAAUGGGCUGCAUGAAAUCCACGCUAAAUCAAGGUCUGAGCGGAGGUGUGGACCAAAAAAUGGGCCAACAUGCUGUCCAUUCUGAACAGUCACGCUAUGUUAGAGACCCCACCUUUAAUCCAAAAGUCAACACGAAUAACUCACUGUUACCGGGUCAGUUGUUCCAAAAAAUGGAGGAACAAAAGGGGGUGGGUAAAAUAGUGAUUGCCCUUUUCCCAUAUGAAGCUGCACAUCCCGAUGACUUAGGAUUCAAGAAGGGAGAAAAGAUGAAAAUUCUAGAAGAACAUGGUGAGUGGUGGAAAGCGAAGUCUCUGGUAAACGACAAAGAGGGAUUCAUCCCGUCCAACUAUGUGGCCCAAGCUGACACCAUGGAGACAGAGGAUUGGUUUUUCAAGGACAUCACAAGGAAGGAUGCAGAGAGGCAGCUGCUGGCACCAGCGAACAAGCCAGGCGCUUAUCUAAUCAGAGAAAGUGAAACAUCAAAAGGGAGUUACUCGUUGUCCAUCAGAGAUGUGGACGCCCAGGGAACAGACUCAGUGAAACAUUACAAGAUCAGGAUGCUGGAUAAUGGCGGCUGCUACAUCUCUCCUAAAAUCUCCUUUCGGGAUAUUAGCAGCAUGAUUAAACACUAUCACAACAAACCGGAUGGCCUGUGCCGUAAACUUGAGCGUCCUUGUGCAAAACCCAAAGCUCAGAAACCUUGGGAUAAGGAUGCCUGGGAGAUAUCCAAAGACUCUAUUAAGAUGGUGAAGAAACUUGGAGCAGGCCAGUUUGGAGAAGUCUGGAUGGCAUACUACAACAACACAACCAAAGUGGCAGUGAAGACGCUGAAGCCGGGAACCAUGACAGUUGAAGCUUUUUUGGAUGAAGCCAACAUGAUGAAGACUCUGCAGCACGACAGGCUGGUGCGGCUCUAUGCUGUUGUCACCAAGACAGAACCCAUCUACAUCAUCACUGAAUUCAUGGCAAACGGGAGCCUGCUAGACUUUUUAAAGAGCGACACAGGAUGCAGACUGCAGCUGCCCAAGCUCAUUGAUUUCUCUGCACAGAUAGCAGAGGGCAUGGCCUACAUUGAGAAGAAGAAUUAUAUUCACAGAGACCUCAGGGCGGCUAAUGUCCUGGUGUCUGAGAGCCUGCUUUGUAAAAUAGCAGAUUUUGGCUUGGCGAGAAUCAUUGAGGAUAACGAGUACUCUGCCAGAGAGGGAGCCAAAUUCCCCAUCAAGUGGACUGCUCCAGAGGCUAUUAACUAUGGCACCUUCACCAUCAAAUCUGACAUGUGGUCAUUCGGAGUCCUGCUCUAUGAGAUUAUCACCUACGGGAAAAUCCCUUACCCAGGCAUGACUAAAGGAGAGGUGAUGUCCUCGAUACAGCGUGGCUACAGGAUGCCUCGGCCCGACAACUGUCCCACUGAGCUGUACGAUAUCAUGAUGUCCUGUUGGAAGAACAGACCUGAAGACAGGCCUACAUUUGACUACCUACAGAGUGUCCUGGAUGACUUCUACACCGCCACAGAGGGACAGUACCAGCAACAGCCAUAGAUGGAGACAAAACUGGAGAGACUUUUGGCACAUAAUGCAAGCAGCUUGUAAAUAGCUUUAUGUUUGGACCUACUUUGAUAUGUGAUUGUAUUUUCUAUGUUUAUAUUCAUGUAUAUAUGAUACAUUCUGCAGUAAGCUGUGUGAUAUAUUUACAGUGGACAAAAUAUAGUUUGCAUGUUCCAGAAUAUAGUUUACUGCAGAUUUUCAGGGUGUGUAAAUAUGAGGUUUUGUGCAGUUAAGCCUCGGUGAUCUGGAGGAAUUUUACAGAAGUAAAAUUGUAUCAUAUUAUUUUUACUUUUGACACUGGAUCUUGUUAAUAAGUGUUUCAAUAAUUAGGGUGUUUGUGAGAGUUACUGAACAAACAGCAGGCAUUAUACAAAGAAUUUGUGAAGCAAUGAUAUGUAGGUUAAGAACACACUUUGCACGCAGUGCAAAUUUUAAGUGGUGAUAUUUUGGGUUUACAAGCGAUGGGAUGAGUUUCUAUGAGUUUUUGAGCAUUGAUUUUUCAUAAAUUUUAUUUACUUUACAAGAAGAAAUGGUAAAUGAAUAUACACAUUUUUACUCAGCCAUACCACUCUCUUCAAAAAGAUUUACAUGACGAUUAUGAUUACUCUGCAUUUUUAUUUUGGCAUGAGAACUUACUUCGUCACAAGCUGCUCUUACUAAAAUUAAAACAACGGUUUUCUUGUUUUUGUUGCUUUCUGUUUCAGAGACUUGUUGAUGCCCCACUUCAUAUUGAAGUGCUCUAGCUCUUGCUUGUUUUUUUCUUCAUCACAUCAUCAUUUCCAGUAGGCUUUGUUAUUAAAAGGAGAUUUAUGUUUCUUUUUUUUUUUUUUUAAAUAAAGUGCAGUAAUUGUUAUGCUGUAUUGAAUGCUUUUGUACAAAUGUGAAAAGAGCUUUAAUAAAUGCAGCAGGUAGCAUUGUUUCCUUGGUGG